AUGGCCACCGCAAUAGCCCCUCCCCCUCGCCAGAUUCUAUCCAUCCCCGGCCUUCACCUAAAGCCUACCUUGGCGGAUAUGCGCAGGUCUAACGCCCUCUACAACUCCCUUCCCGACGACGCGGACCAGCCUCAAGUGGACGAUGUGUUCAUCGCCGGCCUCCGGGCUCUGGUCAAAAAAUUUAACGUCCACAACAAGUUUGGAUUCCAUCUGGUCCACGGACACGUGAAGAUGGCCGCGGGCAAUGUCAUGUUCGGUCGACCUAUGAACAAGCUUCCAGGCUUCUGGACCCGCCCUAUCCAAGCCGACAAGCUGGACUUGAGCGCUCUGCACGGCUUCGUCUUCGUGCUGUGCGAAGACAACCAGUUCCACCCUUACGAGUACCGCGCUGGCACUCCCCCAGUUAUGACGGCCAACGAUGAUGCCUUCAUUUACGCCGCGCGGAAGUAUUUCCAGUUGAACAACCUCACGGACGUCAUCGGCAUCGAGGUUCUGGAGCAGGACUGCCUCGGGAAGUACAUGAAGGAAUUUGUUCUCUCGGACAGGGACGGAACCGUCAUGCUACCCUCCACUGCGGUCAAACCAACCGAGACGUACCGAACCACAGGCUGGAACGCCGCGGAUCUGGAGCCAUUCACUGAGCUUAAGGGCAACGAGUCUUCUCACUCCAAGACGACAAAGGGCACACACCAGGUCUUCACUGAUGGCAAGGCAUUGCCGGAUGUGGAGGCCGUAGAUGUGGAGGAUCUCAUUAUAGAGGCACUGCGUGAGGCCAGUGUCGUUAACUAG